AUGAAAACCAUUUUCGCUGUAGAAACCGGCCGACCCAAAGAACUGAGAGCUAUCUUUCUCAAUAUCCCGCAUUGCACAAUAAGCUGCUGGGGAGAUGAUGUUUUUUGGGUGAAAAUCUCUGACCCAAAAGCCAAGUUCUCUGCAAACCUUGAGAUCUGCAGAUCAUUGUUUCGACCAUUCUUCACGAUUUGCCGAGAUCAAUUCCGUCUUCAACGCUUGGGAGUGCGUUCAAUUUUAGCUAGUCUUACGAAAGAAGAAAAAGUCAAAGGGCUUUCUUUUGACGAGCGAUUUGCAUGGCUUUAUCCCAGGUGCUACCACAACGGCAACGUUUGCGACGCGCACAACAAGCGAAUCAAAGGCAUGAUGCCACACUUCUACAUCAACGAUAUGGAUAGCGACGGCGAUCAUGUUGGAACCGUCGAGCUGCGACCACUCUUCGACAUGGGAACUCGAGCAGGAUACGAUACCCACCAUUCUAUGGGGAACAUCCGUGGCUAG